AUGGUUAAUCUAUGGCUGUUUUCUACAUUUCUUUAUUUAAUUUUCUCAGCCUUUGCUCUUAAAGAUCCCAGCUGCACAAUUCAAGAAAAAUUUGACCUCAAUGGACUGUAUAAAAAAGGAGAUAUAAUGUUAGGAGGAAUAUUUGAAAUAAGUUAUAAAGCAGUACCUCCUGAAGUGACAUUUACAUCAAAGCCUGAACCAUGGAAAUGUGACAGCUUGGAUUUUUCGGUAUUUCAGUGGGUACAGACUAUGGUUUUUGCUAUUGAACAAAUAAACCAUGACCCAUCUCUUCUUCCAAACGUCACUCUUGGUUACAGAAUAUAUGAUAAUUGUGUAAAGCUGCCAGUGGCCCUGAAAGCAGCAUCUGCCCUUAUUGGCGGUUUGGAUGACACUAUCACUGAUAACACAUGUAAAGGAACUCCUCCAGUUUUAGCAAUUGUGGGAGACCCCGUGUCAACACAUGCAAUAGCCAUUUCAAGAAUUUUGAGUCUUUUUCGAAUUCCUCUGGUCAGCUAUUAUGCCUCAUGUUCAUGUUUAAGCAAUAAACGUGAAUUCCCUUCAUUCUUCAGGACCAUCCCAAGUGAUGCCUUCCAGGUCAAAGCCAUGAUUAGAAUUAUUAGACAUUAUGGAUGGACAUGGGUUGGCGGUAUUGCUACGGACGAUGAUUAUGGUCAAUAUGCUAUUAGGAACUUUAUUGAAGACUUUAAAAACUUUGGAUGCAUUUCUUUCAUUGAGACAAUCCCUACAGUAAACCAAAAGGCACAAAUAAUUCAGAUUGUUAAUACUAUAAAACAAUCAACAGCAAAAGUUAUUGUCAUAUUUUCAUCGAUCGCUGAUGUGACAGCUUUAGUAAAAGAAACAGUAAGGCAAAAUAUAACUGGAAGGCAAUGGAUUGCCAGUGAAGGAUGGAGUACAUCCAGUGUAUUAGCUAGCAAAGAAAACUUUGGUCAGUUUGAUGGUACAAUAGGGAUUGCAAUUAGGAAAGGCAACAUUCUAGGGUUGAAAGAUUUUCUUUUGGAAAUUCGUCCGAAAUAUGAUGCCAGCAAUAAUUUAGUUAUUCAGUUUUGGGAACGGCUCUUUGGAUGCAAAUUUGAAAACUCUUCCAUUUUAAUCAAUAAUGUACUCUGUAAUGAGACAGAACUGAUCUCUGGUACAUUUACAGGAUAUACUGAUGUCUCAGAACUCAGAGCUGCAUACAAUGUGUAUAAAGCAGUUUAUGCUAUAGCACAUGCACUCCAUAGCCUGGCUUUAUGUAAAAAUGGACAGGGGCCAUUUGGAAACAGUACCUGUGCAGACAUCGCAAAUGUACAACCUUGGCAACUCCUUCAUUACUUGAAAAAAGUGAAUUUUACAAAUAAUUUAGGAGAAAGAGUGGCUUUUGAUGAGAACGGUGAUGCACUUGCAAUUUAUGACAUUGUAAACUGGCAAAGAAAAGAAGAUGGAAUAGUUCAUAUUAAAACUAUAGGACUAUUUGAUGCAGCAAAUGUGGGGAAUGAACUUUCUCUCAAUGAAGCAGAUAUGUUUUGGAACCCUGUGUUUGGAACGGUCCCUGAAUCAGUAUGCAGCAAAAGCUGUCAGCCUGGAAGCAGAAAGGCCAACAGAAAAGGAGAGCCAAUCUGUUGUUUUGACUGUAUACCCUGUGCAGAAGGAGAAAUAAGUAAUCAAACAGAUUCCAUCGAAUGUCUGAAGUGCCUGGGUGAUUUCUGGUCAAACCGUGGAAGAAGUCAGUGUGUUUUGAAAGAAAUUGAGUAUUUGUCUUAUGAUGACGCAAUGGGUAUCACAUUGUCAACUGUUUCAGCAUUUGGAGCCUGCCUGUCACUCGGCGUACUGGCAGUUUUCAUAUAUUACAGAAACACUCCAGUUGUAAAAGCCAACAACUCAGAGCUGAGCUUUCUUUUGCUGGUGUCACUCACUUUCUGUUUUCUUUGUGCUUUGUGUUUCAUUGGCCAGCCUUCACACUUGACCUGCAUGCUAAGGCAUGUGGUAUUUGGGAUAAGCUUUGUUUUGUGUAUUUCCUGCAUCCUUGUAAAAACAAUUGUCGUGAUAAUGGCUUUUAAAUCGACACUUCCUGGAACAAACCUUAUGAAAUGGUUCGGUGUGGCACAGCAAAGAGGAACUGUUGUUUUUUUUACUUUAAUUCAGUCUAUAAUAUGCAUAAUAUGGCUGAGUACGAAUCCUCCAGGUCCACUAAAAAACACAAAAUAUCAAAAUGGCAAAAUAAUAUUCGAGUGUAAUAUUGGAUCUGUGACAGGCUUUAGCUCUGUUUUGGGGUACAUCGGUUUAUUAGCAUGCAUUUGCUUCCUUUCAGCUUUUCUUGCAAGGAAGCUCCCUGAUAACUUUAAUGAGGCUAAAUUCAUCACAUUCAGCAUGCUGAUCUUCUGCGCUGUCUGGAUUACUUUCAUCCCUGCCUAUGUUAGCUCACCAGGAAAAUAUACAGUAGCUGUAGAGGUAUUUGCUAUUUUGGCAUCAAGUUAUGGUAUUCUUUUUGCAAUAUUUGCACCUAAAUGUUAUAUCAUUCUUUUUAAACCUGAGAAAAACACAAAGAAAGCACUGAUGGGUAGAGCAGACCCAAGCAAAUAAACACAAUCCUGUACUUGUGUUUAAAAUAGAAAUGUGAAGAGUGUAAUUUAAAUGUAAAAAAAAAACUAAUUAGGGAUAAUUCUUAUUUUGCAAAAUGUUUAGAAUUAUUGGAUAACUUUAACUAUAAAACAUU